GAUGCACGUGCGUCUGUGUACUCUCGGCGGUCAAUGGUGGUGUGCUUAAAGCAACACAUCACACGCAAAUAGUGAGUAAACGACAUGACUGUAUUUAGUGAACAACUGUAUUUAUUUUGUUUUAGUGGAGUAAAAAGACGUAUCAAUUCAAUGUCUAUAUAGAUCGAUUUAAAAGUAAUUUUUGGACAAUCAGAUUUUAAAACUGCAUAGUAAUGGAGUGUCAGCAACUUGCUGUAUAAAUUACAACUUUUGCUAACACAUACGGACACAACAAAUCAUUGGAUUUGCUGCUGGAGUUAAAAUCAAUGUUAUUUUAUGCACUUUACUUGUCACACAAUGUGAGGUCGUCAGCCGUGUUUUGUAUGUUAGACGUACCGUUAUUUUACCAUGAUGGUUGGGUACUGAUCUGAUAUCACAAGCCUGACUUACCUAUACAGCAUGACCGUCACACUGACCUAUACAGCAUGACCGUCACACUGACCUAUACAGCAUGACCGACACACUGACCUACAUAGCAUGACCGUCACUGAAGACUUUCGGGCACGGCACUUUCACUGAAGACGUCUGCGUAUCUUGACGAGUUCAUUGCCAUGGCAACGGUAGUCUGCUGGCUAACCCUGACCCUGGCAGCUGGGGUCCUCUCACUGGAGUUCUCCCCGCCCCUCACUGACCAGUACGUUCUGACCGGAAGUCCGUUCUGGUGGACGUGCAGCGUCAACAAGACGUCAGCUCCGGGGGGCGUGAGCUACAGCUGGAGGUUUCAGGACGGUGACGUGAGCAGCGAUCAAAACUUUCUUGUGUUUACUAAUGGGACACUCCACAUUAGGCAGGUGCAGCAAGCCCAGAUGGGUCAGUACUCGUGUCUCGCCAACACUGGCACCAGCUACAUCAUCACCACAGCCUGGCUGCGGGCUGCCUACAUCAACCUCACCACCCUGACGCUGACGUCGAAUAACAGGACAGACCUCAGCAACACGCUGGAGUUGGGCUGUAGGGUGGACGCCAGACCCGCCCCCAGCUUCACCUGGAUCAAGGACGGAACUGGUCUGGCAUUUUCUGCCGGGGUCAAGGCCGUGGAGAUGGACUUUGGAUACAACAUUUUGAUGAUCGACAAGUUGAGUUACGCUGAUUCCGGUAAUUACACGUGUAAUGUGAGUCACAUUACACUUACACAGCCAAUAAGUACCUCGACAGUUUCUGUGCGCGUGUUAGGUCCACCUGUGAUAACUUCACCUCCAGCUGACCAGAUUGUACCUGUCAGCUACAACGUCACCUUCAAGUGUCCAGUGACCAGUGACCCUAAAGCCCAGAACCUCUGGAGGUUCCAGAGUCCCGCGGCUUCUGACCCAGUUCCGUUCUCUAGCCCCACGUCAUCCGCCUCUGUUGACACGGAUACCGGAAGUCUGACCCUGUACAACGUGAGCACGGAUUCCAUUGGCACGUACGUCUGCGAGUGGUCCAACAUCCGGGGUAUGACGUCAGUCAGUGUCAGUCUCCGUGUGGAGGGGAAGCCCCUGUUUCCGACGUUAAUCGUCCUACCCACCCCGGCAACGUUGAACGAAGGAGACCGUCUGACGCUUAACUGUAAGGGAGAUGGUAACCCUAAACCUAUCGUCAUAUGGUCGUUUCCCGACGGUCAGUCGCUGACCAGUGAUGGCCGGGCGGUGUCGGGAAAUUCUUCAGUUUUAGACAGAGCCGCCCUUUACGACAACGGCACUCUGGCUGUCAACAACGUAACGCGCCUCGAUAGGGGAAUGUACUACUGCAGGCUGAAGAGUCAAGAAGGGGAGGUAACUACCAGUGCGUUUGUCAACGUACAGUUCUCCCCCCUUUUUCUCGUCUCGCCUCAGAACACGGAAGUCAGGGAAGGGAGUGAACUGAGACUAGCCUGUACAGCUAGCGGUAACCCUAACCCUAACAUAACCUGGUCACUCCCUGACUCGUUGAAUAUUUCUCAAUACACGAGUGAUGGUUUCUCAAACGAAGUUUUGCUAAACAACGGAACGCUGCUGGUCAGGAAAACGAAUCGAACCCACGAGGGUCAGUUCACGUGUAUUGCUGCUAACACGGUAGGGUCAGCCCAAGCAUCCGCGUAUGUUUCUAUUUCAGGUCUGCCGUACUUCAUAGCCUCCCCGACUACCCAAGGCACCAUUGAAGGCGAUACGGUUGUGCUCAAGUGCGAGGUGGGUUCGAACCCGCAAGCCUCCGUGUCCUGGUACUUCAGAUACUUUGUUGAUCUCGCUAUCCAAGCGAUGGAUUUGGUCAAAGUGUGGAGGUCUUUAAUCACAGACCGAGGGCCUACCGACAACAUGACAUUGGUGACGUUUAGUCCGGACUCGCGAUUUUCUUUAAUCAAUAAAACAUCCCUGCAGAUCGCGAACAUUCGCGAAAAUUAUGCGGGGUUGUACACUUGCUACGCCACAAACAGCAUCGGAUCUAGUUUCGAACUCGCCAUCGUCCGCGUUAUAACUUUCCCUAAAUUUGACAUUUCGCCCGUAAACCAGACUGUGAUGUUAGGCGGUAGCGCUAGUCUAGAGUGUUACAGUGUGGGGAUUCCCGUUCCGUCACAAAGAUGGCUGUUUAACCGCGCCAAGCUGCAAUACCCUACUUCGCGGAUUAGCGUCGACGCGAACGGCACCAUCGAGAUAAAAGACAUCGGCACGUCUGAUAUUGGUGAGUACACCUGUCUGGCCACUAACCAAGCCGGGCAGGCGUCUGUAUCGGCGUACCUGGUUCUGUCUAGCUUACCUUACGUGAUAGAGGCACCGUCGAACCUCACUGUAUCUGAGUUAUCUAACGCGACAUUACGAUGCAGAGGAAACAGUACCUCACCGUUUGAAAUAUCCUGGUACAAGUCUACCAGUCUAGGUGUUCAGUUCCUUGGUCAAAUUAUUUUAGACAGGAGAACAAACGUACCAAAUGUUACUAGCCAGAUCUCAAGGAUUCAGAUUCUAUCCAGUGGUGAUCUUUACUUCACCUGUGUGGAUAGACAAGACGCCAGCUGGUACUUCUGUUCGCUGAACAACCCAGACGGAAACUCCACCUCAAGCCCCGCUUACAUGGAUGUCAACUUUUUGCCUAGCAACUUGACCAUCGAGACCCCUGUCUCUGCCGACAGCACCCAACCUGCGACCCUUUCUUGCCGAGCGUGGGGUUCUCCCUUGCCUAACAUAUCCUGGAUCACGCCUCUGAAAGUUGAACUUUCCCCUCCAGGCGGAAGCGGUUUACUUAUAAUUUCCGAUCAGAAUGCUGGGUACGUGACGUCAAAGGUAUUUAUAAAUACUUUAAAUGUAGGUCAACAUGGCGGGUUAUGGAUUUGCAAGGCGUGUAAUUUGAUUGGUUGUAGAGUAGAGAACACAAGUUUAAACAUUAAUUAUGCUAAUCCAUAUGUGAGGGCGGUAGUUUCACAAGAUUAUGAAAAUGAAGUUUCGGUGGAAUGUGUAACAACCGGUAUGCCAUACUCUACUGUUACUUAUUCGUCGAAUGGCGUUGAUGUUUUAAGUAUGGAAGGACAUCGGGUUAUAAAUAACAUUAUGUAUGUGAUAAAAACUAAAAUACAAAACGAGUACACGUGUACCGCUAGAAACGAUUUUGGACAAAUUGGGCUAAGUCUGGUUGUCCCUCCACUGGUGGUCAUUUCUAGGCUGGUGCCUAAGUCCAGUAGCAUCCUGGUGACGUCAGACACCAAACUGCCCAUACAAGGUCUGAUGCCGGACAGGAUGUUGGUCCAGUGGAGCAGCCAGAACUCAGCAGACGUGGGAAACCAGACUUUUUAUUUCUCUGGCACCGUGGACGAUUACCUGCUGGCUGAGAGGGGGGUUGUGAGAGACCCCGCGUAUGCAGUUUCCUGUGCGGGGGCGUCAACAGGCGCUGUGCCAGGAGCCGCCGCCGCCGCUUCUAAUGACGUCAGCGUGUCGAUAGUAUCCGACGGACUAGCCUACGCGUACCACAUAGAAGCCAACGUUCAGAACCUGAGGCCCAACACGAUGUACAACAUCCGGGCGUCUCUACUCAACGCCCUGUGGCCGGGGCCGCUGUCCACCCCCUCCAGCGUCACCACCCUAGCCGCCGCCCCUGCAGCGGUGACAAACGUCACGGUCGCCGUGGCCAACAGGAGCGUAUCCGUCACGUGGAACAACCCCGACCCCCUCAACGGCCGGCCGGAGGACACGGUCAUCACCGUCGUGUUACAGGACGCGGGUUCUAACCCCAUCAAGGAAGCCAUGGUCGGGGUUUUGUCUUCACCCUCCGCCUCGUUUUCUGGACUUAACCUGGGCAUGUAUUCCAUCCAGAUCUUCGCCUACAAUAAACAAACCAACACCAAAAGCGACGUCGUCACUGUUUCAUUCCAGGUUCGAGACCAACCCCCGCGGGUAAUUCCAGUCAUCAACGGCCUGCGGGCUGUCAACGCCAACAGCGCCCAGGUCAACUGGACUUUGCCGACAGAUUCAACUCUACUCACACCGGGGGUCACUGGCUUCAAGAUUUCAGUCAACCUGCUGGACGGUUCUCAAAAUCAGCGGAUCGUCGAGGUCCCAUCCGCUAACGCCAGCGCCUGGGUUGUUGAGAACCUCCAAGAACACAAGAAAUACAUGCUCUGCGUGGCGGCUCAAAACUCGGCGGGGGUCGGGCCUUAUUCAGAGUGCAAAAACGUGACCACGCCCUACUCCGAGUUCAGCACCGACGCCCUAGAAGACACGAAGAUCAGCUACAGCAUAUCCUGGAAGCUGCUAGCCAUCAUCCUCAUCUGUAUCUGCGCAGCUCUCAUUGCCCUGACGGCUGCCGUGGUUGUCUCCCACCAGAUCAAGCUCUCCAAGAGAAAGAGCGUCGACCUUAAACAGAGGGCGGGCGCCAGAAACGGGGGGCGCGACAGCCCGCAGAGCUCACCGGAAGCAUCGAGAUUUCAGCCCAGCUCCCCAGAGAGCCGCCAGGCGAGGUCCCCGGCCAGGAGACUGCAAGAAUCCCCGCAGGCGGAGCGGGUUCGAGCAUCACCCAGGCGUUACACUCGCGAGUUGGAGAGUCAUGAGAAUCAAGGGUUUGUUAUGUACUAAACACGAGAGUCAUGAGAAUCAAGGGUUUGUUAUGUACUAAACACGAGAGACAUGAGAAUCAAGGGUUUGUUAUGUAUUAAACACGAGAGUCAUGAGAAUCAAGGGUUUGUUAUGUACUAAACACGAGAGACAUGAGAAUCAAGGGUUUGUUAUGUACUAAACACGAGUCAUGAGAAUCAAGGGUUUGUUAUGUACUAAACACGAGAGUCACGAGAAUCAAGGGUUUGUUAUGUACUAAACACGAGAGUCAUGAGAAUCAAGGGUUUGUUAUGUACUAAACACGAGUCAUGAGAAUCAAGGGUUUGUUAUGUACUAAACAUAGGCGUCUAUAACACGGCCGAAGUUUUAACUAUAUAAUUUGCAUGCAUUUAAAAUGACAAAAACUGCCAUGAAUAUUGUCUAUGUUCUCUAUGUGAUAUUCUUCAAAGUGUUUUUGUAUUCAAGCAGCUUCUGGUUCGUUUGUAAUUUUUUUGUGAUAAAACGAAUACAGCCGUCUGUUUUUAUGUUUACUAAAACCGAUAUGGGGGGAAAAGAUUUUUGUGGUAGGGGAGGUUAUCAAGAUUUUCUUUUAUACUAAUAGGAUACCGAGCUGUCCCUUAGUACAUUCUAGUUGAACACCACUAAUCAUGUUUUAGUCGUAUUUAAUAAAUGUUUUUAAACACCACUAAUCAUGUUUUAACCGUAUUUAGCCAAAGUUUUAUAUGUUGGACAAAGAUAUUCUUAACAUGUACACAGCCUUUGACACGAAGUUCUAUGACAUACAUAUACUUAACUCCCUCGCCCAAUCAGGGUUAUUUAUGAUACUUCACGUGCUGCGUCAGUUUCAUGCAUGUACAAAAAAAUGUUUUUAUUAAAUUAACUUUUUAUAUGAUCAGUUUGUAUACGCAAACGUAAAUUCGUUAUAUGCUUGUUUUUAGAUUUUGAAGUAGCUGCCUUUUUUUAAUACACAUAUUUAAGAGACAAA